AUGCGUUCCAGUCAAAAGAAUAGACAUCUACGUAUUAUGGACGAUCAACAAAUUGAAAGUGAACGGAGUACGGAUAUCGAUGAGAUGGAUACAUCUGAUGAUAAUCUUCAAAAGCCGAAUAUUUUCAAUAAAUAUUUACCUUUUUAUGAUUCGAUCAAACGACAAGGCUAUGACUUGUUCGAGGAAAUCAAAGAGAAUUUAUCGCGCAUUAUCCAACUCAGAGAAUUAAGACCGGGAUUUUCGCAUUGGUCAUCGAAGUUACAACGGUUCAUUUCACUCUAUGGCCUAUGUUUCACCAAAACGGAUCAUAUUAAAUUGAUUCAUCUAUAUUUAUCAGUUCUUUCUAUCAAUGAUUUGGAUUUUUCUCAUGUUAAAACAUGCUUUGACAUGCUCUAUGAUUUGAUGAGAAAAACACGGUUAAUCACACGGGAUGAUGUCGUGGUUGAAUGGCGUCUGUUAUACAAAUGGUCGAAAACGAUUCUUCACAAUCAUGAUGAACCAUAUUCAUUAGUUUCAUUACCGAAUGAUAUCGAUAAUUCUUUAUUCUAUUGUGUACGAGGAUGUCGACCCUAUUUUUCAGCAACAGCGACACAAGAAAUUCUUGAUGAAUUUCGGCCAUAUUUAUGCCCAUUUGAUUCAGCAUUUUCGGAUACAAUGAGAAUCUUUGAACUCUUCUUACCAGUUCAUUUACCACCAGAACUACAUGAUCAAGGAUUUAAACUAUGGCUAGAAGAAUUCAUGGGCAUUUGGGAAAGUGUCUAUAGUAAUCCAGCAUGGGAACUUAAUAUGAUUAAUCUCUUCUCCCUAUUGGCAUGGUGUAAUAUUGGUUAUAUUGAUUGGGAACCCUGGCUGCCACGAAUCUUCACUCGUAUACUGAAAAGUUUUACUUUGCCAGUUGGAAAGAUUCAAGUUUCACUUCAACAAUAUCGUUAUUCGAUGUCGAGUGUAACAACAUGGAUUAUUGCUAUGUUAGGCAAUGGCAGCACAUGUUUACAAUAUCUUCAGGAUUUGUUUACCGCUAUGAAAAGCUUCUAUCAUCCCUCGAAUACGGGAAAAUUUCAACAUGAAUUAAUUAGCUUCCUUUCGAAAUUAUCUCAAGCAUUAGUCGAUCGUGUUCAUCUAGAACGUAAAGCAAAUCCCAUCUGGUAUUUUACACCACCGGAAUCGUAUCGAUUGACUGAACAAAAUAUAACAGAUUUUGUUAAUUGCGUCAAAGAAUGUGCAUUUAUAGCAAUUUUCACAAAGGCUCAUUUGAAAGAGGCUGCUAAAGCAUGUCAAUACUUAUCAAUGCUUCGACCUGAACUGAUUAUUCCACCUAUUGUCGAAAAACUCUUCUCAUCCAUCGAUAGUAUGAGUGAACCACAUCGAUUCACGUCAAUUAUGACAUGUUUAGCAAGUGUUGCGCGACAAAUGGUGCGACAAACACCGUAUUUUUCUCAAGGUCAAACCUAUGUCUUGCCAUUGUUGAUGGCUGUUCUACCUGGUAUCGAUUCCAAUGAUUUCAAAAAGACAGCGGUUACUUUUCAAUUUCUCAAUGCUAUACUCAUGCUUGUUACAUGUGUUGAUUGCUCAUCGGCUGUACAUACUCGAAACGAUCUCACCGAGAUUGAAAAAGAGGUGUGUUUGUCAACAGCAAAGUUCGAAGAUUUCAUCAGUGAAUUUCUCAAUCGAACAUUUCAAAUGAUUGAUACCUUGUCAACCGAAAUGUCAGAUGCUGUUGUGGUUAUAUCAAAGGUGAAUGUUGAAGAUCAUGUAACUGAAUUAGCGUUGACAUCGAUGAUGUUUGGCAUCGUUCAACAAUGUAGUAAUAAAAUCUUUCAGAUGGUACGCGAGAAAAUCACCAAUUUCCUUGCUGGAUCAUUCUUUACUCCAAAAGUUGGAAAGCUUGUCACUGGUCUUGUACGAGCUAUUCUUAAAGGCAAACCGGAGGAAACAUUGAAAUAUCUCUUACCACAAACAUGUGAACGUAUUGAAAAGAUCAUGAGUCAUUCGGAAACAACUAUCUUGACUGACCACAAAGGGGAUACUGAAUUGACUUGGUGUUUAAUUCUUUUCUCGGAAUUAGUUCGUGCUCGUGGUGAUACACUGCUCAUCUAUAAACCGAUGAUUCUGUCGGUGUUUCAUCGAUGUGUUCGUAUCAUUCAUAAAGAAACACAUGAAGCAGUAGCAAGUGCGGCGAAGAAUCUACUCAAGUCAUUAUCUUAUGUAUAUCCAACUGAAUAUCGUUUAACAGUGGAAAAUAUCGAGGAGCCCUUCACUGAUUUUCUUCCUAUUCGAGCAUGGGGUCAACAUGUCGAAUUCGAUAAUCUUCAAGUGAAAUUUCAUGUUCCAAACGCCGAAGAGGUCGAUUUCGCAUGUGAGUUUGCCGAAGCAUUUAUCUACCCGGAGCUGCAAUUGUUGAAUGAAAAAUGCUCGAAAAUGUCGAAUGACGAACGAUUAAGAUCAUUUACUCUUGUUCAUUAUAUGACUAUUGGAUGUUUAAGAAUGGUACCACGUAUCAAUAGUAAAGAUAUAGAAAAUCUUGUUCCAUCUGUUGCUCCAUAUGGUUCAAAAUAUCAAGCACAGUAUUCAAUCUAUGAAAAAGAACCAAAAUUCAAAGAGAAUUUACGAAUGCGUCUUUUAACUGACAUCGGCAAAUUACUCGAUAUUCUUGUUGAAAAUCAUUCGGAUGAUGCCUCAUCGAUAAAGACGGCAUUGAAAAUUUAUUCUCUAUCAUCGAUUUAUUAUGGUGUAUUUAAACACGAUGCAGAUAAGUUACAUAAGCAUUUUGAGGCUGCAAAGAAUUCGUUCAUUAACAAACUAUACGGCGAAAGACAAUAUCCACGAUUUUUGAUGAUUGAACGAAUGACAUUGCAGUGUGAACAAUUCUCUCUAAGUAACUUUCAAUCGCUCACUGAGAUCGAUAAACAAGUUAUUCUAAAAUUAUUUGAUUUAUCCAUACAUCGAUACGGUGAAGUUCGACGUGAUGCACAAGGCUAUUUAUUCUCUGUUCUUAAUCGUUAUUUAUUUUCUUAUCAAGUUAUUGUCGAUCGAAUCAUUGAAUUGCUGAAUAGUCCAGGCGAAGCAGAUCACGAUCAAAUCAAAGGCUGUCUUUAUAUUCUUCUUGGCAAUCAAUCAUUCUUCUUACCAACUAAACAUUCUUGGUCAAUGAUUGAAAAACUUUGGCCAGCGAUGGCACGAACCAUACAUGCGAAAAAGCCCACUACUCAACGUCUAAUGGAUCUUAUCAAUGAAACAAUUGGCAAACAAUUUGAUACGCAAGCACUAAUUGAAGAUACAAAUGACAUAGCACGAAAAGCGGCAAUCGAUUUAUGGAAACCAUUAGACAGUGAGGCGUUGAAAUUUCGAGAUCAAUUGAGGGAAGAAAGAAAUCAAGCAAAUAUUCAAUCCUAUAACAAUCUUAUGGAAGCAUUGAAUGGACUACUAAAGGGUGAUUCUCUAACUUGGCGACAACAGGAAACAACAAUGUCAUUAAUGUGGUUACUUCUUCAGAAACGAGUAUCAAUCCCAACAUCGUGUGUCCGCACGUUUGUCGAUUUCCUCGUUCACGACAAUGUUGAAUUACGAAAGAUUGCUGAAGAAGGUAUCGCAGCCGUUUGUCGUUUACAAAAACCACCUCGAAUAUACGUCGAAAAGACACUCGAUCAGAUUCUGCAGCGACCUGUCGAUAUCGAUCAAUGUCGUCCAGGCGAUCGCGAUGACAAUCUCUGGAUCACCAUCAAUGACUACAAACCAUCUACAUCUCAGCAACAAUGGGAAGAAACUUGUUUCUUGGACAAGAGCUUUCAUGGAUAUUAUAAGUGGCCAAAAGUGAUUCGAUAUCCGAUGAACAAGCGAGAGCGAUACACGAAAGAAACAAUGCCAGAAGAUGUGUUGAUAUUGUAUGAGAGAUUUAUCGACCAAGAGUUCAUAGGUAAAUUUAUCCAGUUUAUGGUGUUGGAUGAAGAGAAAGGAAAGAUUAAUUUCGAUGCAAGACGAUUCAAUAUGUUCAAAGGAUUGUUUCGUAAUUUUGGUUUGGUUUUUGUUGAUAAUUUUAUUGAACGAUUAUACACACUAAUACGUGAGAAAACAAAAGAAAAACACGAAGGAAGCCAUCGAGUCGCAGCCGAAAUUGUAGCUGGAAUGAUUCGAGGUUCAAAGUGUUGGACAAUAGAAAUGCUUGAUGAGUUGUGGAAGAAGUUGACACCAUUUCUCACUGAAGUGUGCUCAAAUCUUGGUCCUGAAACGCUCUCACACUGGGGCACAUGUUUUAAACUAGGAAUAGAAGAUGAAGAUCCACGUCGAAUGUAUCGUCCAAUAGAAUUUCUUCGAUCAUUGAUAAAUACACAUGCCACAGGAAACACAUUUAUUGAAACUUCACGUUGGUAUCUGGUGCAAACGUUGACCAAUUUUGAGUGGCGCGUACCAGCUAUGUGGUGUAUGAUCAAUGAACAAGCUCGAGAGUUGAUUGAUCAUCCAUAUAAAGCUUUUCGGGAACGAAUCGCGAAUAUUCUAUCGGUGUCAUUGAGUUAUGACGUCAAAUUACCUAAUGGCCAAGCAGAUCGUCAUCCGAAUGCAGAUAAGUUUAUUGACGCCAUGCGUGAACGAUUGGAUCAAGCAAUUCGAGUGUAUGAACAAACACCAUUGGCCAACGUAUCAGGACAGGUGGUCGAAAUCGAUCCUGAAGCUCGCAAAGCUUUGAAUUUCAUUGAAACAGUGAUACAAAUGCAUACACAUUUCUUCACCAGAUGUUUACAACCGAUGAAACUUGCAAUUAUUCGUUUAUUUCCAUCUCUUUGCGAAUUAGAAAGCAUCGUUGCCAAUGAUGAUUUUAUCCGAAAGAACUUAACUAUUAGUCGAAUGUGUGUGGCCAUGACGUAUUUACAUACGUCAUUCAUUGAACCAUUGAUCGAACAACUCGAACAUGUUUGUUCUAGCACGAAAUGGCAUGCACGACGCGCGGCCAUCGAGUUCGUUCAGAACAUGAUCUUCUGCAAUCUUUUCACUACCAGACCCUAUGCUCAACGAUUGCGACAGCUCGUCUUCAAGCGUCUUUUCGACGAACAGUUCGAAGUGCGAACUGUCGCCUCGGUCACUCUCUCUGGUUUCUACCAGUGUGGAUUCAUUCAAGUCAGCAACGAUGAUCUGAAACACUUUCGCGUGAUGAGCAAAACUAGUUAUUUCGUAAAAGUCGAUGGCAAGAAAGUGACGUCGGCUGAGAACAUUGUCAAACGACAUGGAGGUGUUCUUGGUCUUUGUGCGAUCGUGCUGUCGAGUCCAUACGAUAUUCCCAAUCAUGUUCCUGAAGCAUUGAUGUUACUGUGUGAGCAUUCACAUGAUCCUGAUCUGAUUCAAAAAUCGAUCAAGAAGGCAUUAUCGGAAUUUCGUCGAACUCACUAUGAUUCGUGGCAUGAACAUCGUGAAAAGUUUACUGAAGAUCAACUUGUGAUUCUUGCUGAUGUUCUCAUAUCACCUAGUUAUUAUGCUUGA